AUGAAAGAAACCCUGAAUAAUUUGAAUUUAGAAGACAUAGCGAAUGUGAAAAUAAAAGCUUAUAAAAAUGAAAACAUAUUAAGUAAUAAUGAGAAGAAAAGAAAAGAGAAUUUUUAUAAUGUAUAUAUAUUAACAUAUAUAAAACAUAUUGUUCGUAUAAAAUCGAAUUUAGCAUUGCAUGGAGGAUUAUAUAGUAAUUAUUUUGAAAAAUAUGAAGAAGAAUCUAUAUCAAAUAUUAUGUUUGAAAAUUUAUUAACAAAUGAUGAAAAUACUAAAAAUAGAAAUAAAAAUUUUGAAAAAAUAAAUAGAAUACAACAAAAUGAGAAUGAUAAAAAAAAUAUAUUACAAGAUGAUUUGAAUAAUAUACAUAACAAUGAUAAUAAUAAUAAAAAGGAUUUAAAUUAUUCGAUUAAAGAAUUAUUAAAAAAAUUAAUUAAAUCAUAUAAAAUUAGAGAAAAUAAAAUAUUUUUGGUUACAGGUAUGUUAGGUUGUGGGAAAACUACAUGUGUAUCUUUAGCUAUUGAAUAUUUUAAUAAAUUUUUACAGAUAGAAAGAAAUAUGAAAAAUAAAAAUUAUGAUACAGAUCAAAAUAAGAAAAAUAAAAAUGUAUUAUUUUUAACUGAAGAUGAACCUAUUAAUAAAAAAAUAUAUAAAAAAACACCUUAUAUAAAUAAAUCCUAUCAUCAAGAUAUGAAUAGUUCCAACUCAACUCCUAGAGAUAACCAAAAGAUAAAAAUAAAUUCGAAUGAACCUUUAUUUAAUUUUACACCUAAGAAAAAAAGAAAGACAGAUUCUGAUGAAUCACCUGAUGAGAACGAUCAAGAAGAAAGACUUUACAACGAUUUAUCAAAUGAUACUAAUAGUAAUAAUGAUACUAAAUAUCAUCAUCGUCAUUAUAACAACAACAAUAAUAAUAAUAAUAAUUAUUAUUAUAAUAAUAAUAAUUAUAAUAAUAAUAUGGAGAGUAAUACAUUUAAUACUUACCACACCUUUGGACACCAAAAAAAAGGAAAUUAUUGUGAUAAUAAAAAUAACAACGAAUUUGUCAAUAUAAAAACAUUCGAACAACAAAAUAAAAAAGACUUUUCAUCAGAUGUUGAACAAAUUAAUAAUAACAUCAGAAAUAUAUUCGAAAAUAACGACUUAUCACCUUUAAGAAAAAAUGCUAAUAUUAGAAAUAAAAUACAACUUGAACAACUUUUUAAAGAUGAAAAUGAAAAACAUGAAAGGUAUUUUAGAAGUUUGUCAAAUGAUGAUGAGAACUUAGAUUUUAAUAUGAAAUAUAAAAAAAUUGUAGAUGAAAUUAAUAAAGAAGAAAAUGAAGAAACAUUUAUUUAUAUUAUUCGUAUAAGCGCCUAUUUAUAUAGAGAUGAUUUACAAUGUAUCAAAUCCAUUUUAUCUCAACUUCAUAAUUAUAUUUAUACUGAUGAAAAAUUAGAAUCAAACUUGUUAUUAAAUGAUUAUAUAAAUAAAUUAGAAAAUCUUUUAAUUAAAAUAAAUAAUGAAAGAAAACAAGCUUUACUUAUUAUAGAAAAUGUAGAGAAAUUUUGCUUACAAAAUAAACAAAAUUUAUUAUAUACAUUAUUUGAUUUAUUACAUAAAAAAAAUAUAUAUAUCAAUAUUAUUUGCUUAACAAAUGUAUUAGAUAUAACACAAACAUUAGAAAAAAGAAUUAAAUCCAGAUUCACUUUUGAAAUGAUCCAUAUCUCACCAAUUCUUAAUAUUGAAGAUAUAUCUAAAUUAGUAUAUAAAAUCUUAUAUGUAAAUCUAGAUGAUUUCCAUCUUAUUAAAAAAUAUUAUUCCGUUUAUUUUACAUACCCAGAUCUUAUUAAAAUUCAAAGAUUUCUACAAAUAUAUAAUUCAACUAUGCAAAAAGAAAUAGCUGAUUCUAAUCUAUUGAAACAAUGGUCAUAUGAUAUUAAUUAUGGUCUAGAUAUUAGACACAUAUACCAUACUUGUGUUGAUGCCAUACUUUCCAUUUGUGAAUAUAAACAUAUAUUAUGUCCUAAUCAAAAUAAAUUUGAAAGUAAUACUAUAUUAGAUCUCCCAACUAGCCAAACUAAUAAUUCUAAGCAAAUUACAAAUACAGAUUCACAAACUAUUCAACAAAACACAAAUAGUGAUCACCAUGAUAAUAAAAAUAUGACACAACAUUCGUUCUGUGACAAUCAAAUGGGUUUUCUCACAAAAAAGGAGAAAAGAAACAACCUAGAAUUUCUUAAAGAACGUCCUGGUAAAUUAGAUGCCACACCAAUCAAGAGGCACUAUCACAAACCACAAGAAGAUGAUGAUGAUAAUGAAGAAGAAGUUGACGAAGAGGAUGAUGAAGAAGCUGAAAAUCAAAAAAAUUACAAUAACAAUAACAAUAACAAUAACAAUAAUACCGAUGAUGCAUUUUUUUUUAAUAUGAACAUGGAUAUGAGCCCAAGAAAAUUAAAAGAAAACAUCAAAUUGAAAGAAAAUGUGAAAUUAAAAGAAAAUAUAAAUAUAAAAAACAAAAUGGAAAGUCAGUAUAUUCUAAACAAUGUUCAAUCCAAAUUUAUUAGAAGACAUUAUAUUAAAAAAGUCUUACGGGAUCUAUGUACUAUUGAAUAUAUGAUAUUGUGUGCAUUUACAAGAUUAUAUAAGAAAGAAAUAUUACCAAAAACGUUAUAUGUUAUUAUAUUAGAAAUAAAUAAAUUCAAACAUGCUUAUCCACAAGAACAAAUUAUAGGAUUCUCUUUAGAUGCUUAUAGAAGAUCUUUUUUUAGAUUGGUUGAUCUUGAUAUUAUUGUUUUAUCUUCUUAUUCCUUAAACCAUUUAAAUAUAAAAAAUUUUAGUAACGAUCUUUUUGGUUUACAUGAACCUACUAAAUUCCCAUGUUAUGAUAUAUUCCUAGAAAAUAUAGAUACAUAUAACCUUAACCAUAACUUAAUUCAGUGGGUAAAGCAUAAUACAGAAGUUAUGCAAUAA